GUAACUACUUUUACUACCUACAAAACCCCCUCUCCCACUUAUCUGGUUCGCACUAUUCAAUGCCAACCAUAUCUUCCGCUUCGCUCAACCAAGGAUCUCCCCCCUCCUCUCAACUUCAUUAUCAGCCUCCCUCCUCCCACUCUUCUUCUUCUUCUGCUGCUGCCGCUGUUGUUCCUGUACCGGUCUCCUCCUCCCCGGUCGACUUUGGUCUCCCUACUUUUACUUCCGCCUCUUCCCUUGCCACCUCCGAAUCCCCCGCUUUUGUUGCAACCACUUUUGCUACGUUGAAUACAAUCCCUUCCUUCACCACGAAUACUCCCAGUUUCCCAGGCUCUGUCAUCGGCUCUAUUUCGCGACGCAAUCGCCGCUCGUUUGCUGCGUUAGCCCGAGAAAAAACUUCCAGCGCCUUUGCGAACUUCUCGGCGAUUGGAACAACGGGAACCGCACCUUUGCGGUCGUCUGCCUCGUCUGGGAGUCUCUCAAAGCACUCGCGAAAGCAUUCUCAGCUUAGCGCUAGCGACGCGCCAGGGAUCACUCCAUUGACUCCGCCAUUGUCUGAGGGCAGCGGUAGCAGUGAACAGUCAAGUCCUCCAUUCGAGCCGAGUUCGACUGUGACGGAGCACCCCGCGAGCACUACUGAACGUCGUCGCCAGACUAUCCAACUUGCUCCGUCCUCUGAGCCUCGUUUGGAACCUACAUUGUCUUUGCCGCCCGCCAAAAUGCAUCAAACAUCGUCGAGGCUGUUGCGGAUGACGGAAGAUGACCGCCCUUUCACCAAGGAUUUUAUGGACUUGUUCUCCACUUUGAUGGUGAGCUUGAAGUUAGAUUCACACCGUGUACGAUUCACAAAAUAUGACCAUACCUUCACAUCGGAGGAAGCGAUCAACAAUCUGGGGUCGCUCAAGUUCUCCCAAUCAAAUCGAAUGCCCGACCCGAAAGACCCAUCCCGUAUCGUUACCACCACUACAACCACAACUUUCUCAAUGGCGAAGGAGAUGGCUCGGUCAGUAUGUCAGCGUUUUGUCGAUGCCCGAUUUAUUGAGUCCUUGGACGGCAAAUACUCGCAGAUUUUCCCGUUGAAGGGGGCGCUUUACCAGCUCACCCCGAAAGGCAUCAACAUCCUGCAGAGAUUCUGUCAAAGGAACGGAAUUACCGCGCGCCAUGUUAUUGAUGUUUUGGAGUCGCCUCGCAACACUAUGCAACUGGUGAACCUUGAACGCGAUUCCGAGACCGAUAAGCUGUCCCACGAUCGAGCCACCAUUGAGGUUAUUUUCCGCCGCUUCGCUGGCCAGGACGGCCCCAAUGUUAAGAACAGCAUCUCUACUUCCGAUUCGGAUUCUUUGAGCGAUUAUUCUAAUGGCCUGGUUGGAGUUAAAAUGGCCAAGGAGCGCAAAAUUGGCGACAAAAUCUUCAUGAACACUUUUACGGGCAAAGCGGCCGUUGACUGGCUGAUGGACUGCUCGACUACUAUUGAGCGCCGCGAAACGGUUCUCAUUGCAGAGCUUUUCGUCAAGUACGGAUUGAUGAUAACGCUGCAGGAAGACCGCUCCAUUCCCCAGCCUGAAAACCUACUAGUUGCGUUCCAACCUUCGAAGAAUGCAAUUUACGGUGUGUCGGAACGAGGGCAGCGAGUUUGUGGAUGGAUCGCUCGCGACAAGACCCGCGAUACGACAACAUACGACAACAGGGGUAUUCCACGAGACUCGAACAAUGCGCGACUCAACCAUAUUCUCCACGACCCAGCUUUGCGUUUGCUGUUCCGAGAAUUCCUGCGCUUCUCGCUUUGCGAAGAAAAUCUGUCGUUCUACAUUGAUGUUUCUGAAUUUACCACAACCUACCACAAGGCCGAAAAGGUUGGUCACUUCAAGAAGCCCGAUGCUGUUCGUGAAACACUUGCUGCGGCCUAUGGUCUUUAUAACGCAUUUUUGGCACCUGGAUCGCCUUGCGAGCUUAAUAUCGACCACGCCCUGCGGAACAGUCUGGCAAGCCGCAUGACAAAGGCCGUCGGUGAUGAUGAAUCCAUGCUGAAGAGCUUACAAGAGGUUGUGCAAUUGUUUGAGAUGGCCCAAACAUCUGUUUUCAAGUUGAUGUCCAGUGAUUCUGUCCCCAAAUUUCUGCGUGACCCCAAGUACUCUAGUGUCCUCCAAGAACACGAUGUGGAUUUAAUCGGUGCUCCGAGAGCGUACUCGCCUACUCCAAUCCCUGAGCGUUCUAUCAGCCGUUCCGCACGGACAUGACCAUAGAGUGCUGGGCAUUCUGCCUAAGCUUAAUUCCACGCUUUCGACCCGUUCGAUUCGUUUCAGUCCCGCUGCUGCGUCCUGUGACGCCAUUCGGACCCUUGACACGACAUGAUAUUUUAAUUAUUUCCCACGCUACGCCCGCAUAUGAACGCUUCUCUCCCUUCCUAUAUAUAUUUCCUGACCACUUGAUACACCAUUAUGCGAAUUCUACCCUAUCGGCGUGAUUUCCUUUGUAAUCAAGCCAUCACGACAUAUGAAAGAUGUUACGAUCCACGGAUCAUGUGAUAGAGAUGUCUGAGUUGAAGGUUUCCUUGAGUUUUGAUUUUCCCUUGUGUUGUCCCGUUUCCUUUACCUGUGACUUCUAGCCUGCAGGCAGAGAAAUCAGAGAGGGGAAACCCUGAAAGAUGAUUGUUUACCGGCAUUAGAGAGGCGUUUUUUUUUUUUUUUUUUUUUU